AUGUCCGUGUCGAGCCCCUCGGACCCGGAGAGCAGCCCCGGCACGCAGCGGGGUCCCCAGGCCACCGAGAGGGAGGACACGGAGCCCGAGGAGGAGAAGGUGUGCGCCGUGUGCGGGGACCGCGCCACCGGCUACCACUUCCAUGUCAUGACCUGCGAGGGCUGCAAGGGCUUCUUCAGGCGGUCCAUCAACAAGGGCGUCUGCUUCACCUGUCCCUUCGCCCGGAGCUGCCCGGUCACCAAGGCCAAGCGGCGGCAGUGCCAGGCGUGCCGCCUCCAGAAGUGCCUCGACGUGGGCAUGCGGAAGGACAUGAUCAUGUCGGAGGAGGCCUUGGGGCGGCGGCGGGCGCUGCGGCGGCAGCGGCGGCUGGCACGGGAGCAGCCCGGGGAGCUGACGGCGGAGCAGCAGGAGCUCAUCGGCAUCCUCAUCGCGGCGCACCAGCGCACCUUCGACUCCAGCUUCUCCCAGUUUGCGCACUACCGGCCCGCCGUGCGCCUCUACAUCCCCAGCCCGCGCUCCCCGAGCCCGUCGGGGCCGAGCGCCCCCUCGGCGGUGCCGUCGCCGCAGCUCGAGUGCCUGGACGAGGACGUGCUGCCCGACGUCUUCUCCAUGCUGCCGCACCUCGCCGACCUCAGCACCUUCAUGAUCCAGCAGGUCAUCAAGUUCGCCAAGGAGAUCCCGGCUUUCAGGGGUUUGCCCAUCGACGACCAGAUCUCGCUGCUCAAAGGGGCCACGCUGGGGAUCUGCCAGAUCCAGUUCAACACCGUGUUCAACGUGGAGACCAACGCCUGGGAGUGCGGGCAGCACUGCUACACCAUCCAGGACGGGGCCCUGGCCGGCUUCCAGCAGAUCUACCUGGAGCCGCAGUUCCACAUCAGCCUGAGGAAGCUGCGGCUGCACGAGGCCGAGUACGUCCUGCUGCAGGCCAUGCUGCUCUUCUCGCCAGACCACGCCAGCGUCGCCCAGCGGGACUUCAUCGACCAGCUGCAGGAGAAGGUGGCCCUCACGCUCAAGAGCUACAUCGACCACCAGCACCCCAUGCCCGAGGGCAGGUUCCUCUACGCCAAGCUGCUGCUGCUGCUGACGGAGCUGCAGACGCUCAAGGCGGAGAACACGCGGCAGAUCCUGCACAUCCAGGACCUCUCCUCCAUGACGCCGCUGCUCUCCGAGAUCAUCAGCUAG